UAAAGCAAAGUGAUUGAUACAGUUUAUGUCAAAAUUCAGGGUUUUUGCUUCCCCACUUCUGUGUGUUCUUUGGGAUUACAUCAGAAAGACCUGGGGUUUCUUUCCAAGGCACAGAGACUAUUAUCAAAAUGAUGGUUUUUGAAAGUUUCUGCAUUUUUUUUAUUAGAUAAUUCCUGCAUUUCCCCCCUUUCUCUGAUGGUCCAACCAGAUGAUCUCUCUUCUGAUUACACUAGUCAACCACAGCACAAAUUUUUCCAUGUCAGGCAAUAUUUUAGCUCAGUUACUAUAGUUCAAACAAUAGUUCUGAUUAUCUGUUUAAACAGGCCAAGCAUUGGGUAUCCUUGCCACAUCCUAAUAUAAAGAGUAUAAAAGAGUAGGCAUUGUUGAUGAAUAUGUUCAUAAAAUCAUUCCUGAAGUGAUACUGUAGGAAGUUCCUGGAAUUGUCAAACCCUGUUUCAAUGCAUAAUUUAUUUUAAAAUAUAACGAAGCCAAGAACUAAGAAGUAUUAUCAGUGUACAUUCAAUAAGUACAUGGUUUUGAAAACAAACCAAAAAAACCCCCAAACCACCCACAUGGCGUUUCACGGUUUAUUUGUUAUCUGUUUAAGACUGGGGACUCUGUUAAAACAGUAUUAACAGAGUGUGUUAAUAUACAGUAUGUAGGCGCUCUAAGAAGGCCUUGCUAUUGCUGUGACUCCUUAUCCCUUGUUUGUCUUACCAAUGAGUUUAUCUCACAGUGAAGCCUUACAAAUUACCAAAUGAUUUGGUAUCUGGAAAAAGUUUGGUGAUGUGUUAUGGUGGAAUCUGCAACUAGUUAAAGGCUAAAUUGUCUCAGAUUUGUUGUGAUUUAUGUAAAUAUGCUGCCGGAUUUCGUUAACGUAGCCCUUGAGAAUAAUUGGCAAAUAAUUUAUUUUCUUAAUGGGAGUUGUUUAACCAAUGGGAACACAGAUAAUCUUCUUAUACCCCCCAGACCUCGUGUUACAUUUGAUGAGAUUUUAGAGAAGUCAUGUGUAAUACUUUCCUGUGGGUCGAGUCAGCUUAUGUUACAGUUGUACAAGGUCAGACCUUAAUUUAUCUAGCAACUGUGUAUUUAAUUUUAGAAGUAUCACAGGACACCUCAGCUUGCAGGGCACCAUUCCUGGCUGUUCAAAAUGCAAGCCUCAGAGUAACAGUGGGAAGAUAAUGGUUUGAAAAGGUGAGAAUAUGGUAUGCUCGCCAAUUAGACUAACAGAGGAAUAGUUUAUAACUGUAAUAUUUAAUUCACUGAGUCCAAAUUUAGAUUGCUAUUAAUUAUUUUAUUGCUGUGAAUAACCUCUUUGCAUGCCUAAAGGCCUUCUAUUUAUAGAGCGAAGCUAAGGUUGUCUAGUUUAUUUUAAGGAUAAGAAAUUAGAAUAACAUUAACUCUCACAAAACUUCACGUGUUUAAAGGAAUGAACACUUGAUACACUUCUUUCCAAGGAAGGAUGCAACUUCCAUGAUUAGCAAGUAGUUAAUAUUUUUUCCAAUGAAAAAACAGUAAUUUAGAGAGCAACAUCAAGAAGUUAUAUCUAGUUUUUCAGUCAUGAAUGUAAAAAAAAAUGAGAAAAAUAUCAGGCUACUCAAAAUUUUGUUUAAGGAAAAUAUUCUUGGUAAUACAAAAAGUAAAACUCCUUUAGAGUAAGCAUUUGCAGUUGUUUCCAGUGAUCUAUUGUAUGGGUCUAGCAAUUGAUAAACAGACAAUGGAAGAAAAUUUUGCUGCUACUUGGCCUUUUCAUUGCCAUGUAGCGUAGCAGGGAUGUCUCUGCUGCUGCUCAGUGUACCAGCCAUGCUGUUAUGUUCCCCUGUGAUCCAUGCAGAACAUCCACACUUCAGUCAGACCGUGUCACCUCAACACAGUGUAUUAUCAGCAAUGAUAUAGCAAAUCAGGCUCUCGAAGCGCGUAUAGACCCCUGACAAUGUGUCCAGCACUUGUGCUGUGCUGCGCUGUUUGACUUUCACUCUACCCUGUCACAGUCACUUGCUGCCUUACUGACUUUCUCAUUUUAUAAUAUGUUUGUGGGAUAAGAUAAUUUGAAAACAGUACACACAACUAUUCUGAAACACUGCUCGUCUGAGACCUUACUGGUUAAAUCUGUGUUCAAGAAGAUCUUUGUGUUGCCCGUGACAUAAUCAGUCAGAGGGGUAUAGCAAAGCAGGAGAUAGCUGCCACAUGGGUAUGGAAAUUAUAUGACCAGAGAAAAGUUUCUGUGAUGGCCUCUAAACUAAUUUAUUCCUCUUAUCUUUUGGAGAGAAAGGGGUGAUAGAAAGGCAAUACAUUUUUUCUGAAAAUAAAUGGAUUUUAUCACUAGACAACUAUAAUGCUCAGUGCUCUUAACUGUUCUUGGAAUCAUGGAUGUUGGAGGGUAUUGAUCAUCUCACAGGACUAAACCAUAUGCGAACAGUGUUAUAGGGAUACUGUAAUAUACUAAAACAGACUUAUUUUCAGAGAGUUUGCAAUGUGAGGCUCUGAUCUAAGGCCUGUAUAAGUCUUCAGGAGCCUUUUUGCUUCAGGCUCUAGGGUAAAUGUAAUGUUACAAUUUUUUCCUUAAUAAAUUAUCCUAGUAAUAAUAACCAUUAUCUUUUUAAUAAAUUAACUGUUCGUUUUCAUUAGGAGCACCUCUUAGCUGCCAAUGAAAUGUUAAUGAAUUCUAAAAUAUACUUUCCUUUUAGUUGAUGGGAGGCUGAGGUUGUAGGUAUGUUUAUUGAGAUAUACUUCUAAAACUGCUAGUCCAAGAGAGAUUUUUAUCUUUGCUGUCUAAAGGGUUUGUGAGUCUUCAGAACAGUGUGUAUUUGUGGAUUAAAUGAUGGAAGCUUUCAAGUAUCAUCACAAUUAGAAAAGUGCCUAUGAAAAUGAGAGGAUAAAUACAUAAAAAAACCUUGACUCAGAAUUCUCCUGCCUGUCAAUAGAGCACAUAGCCCACGAGAGAUGAGGGAGAGCGGUAUGAAUGUCCACGUUGGGAUGGCCAGUUCGUCAGUCUAACUUACAUGUUAAAUCUUUUGGACUGUUAUGCUGCAGCCUUGAUUAGAGACACAAUAGGAAGGAAAAGAGAACCUUUCAGAAAAGCAUUGUCUCUUAUGAAUAAUAUAAAUCUCUGUUCUUCUAAGUCCCAAAUGAAAAUGCUUCUGUGAACAUCCCUUUGUUCAUGGACUCUUUUUUUGUGUUCGGAGAUGACACUCAAGACCAAAGGUGUAUAUUUUUUCCUUCAGAGAAAAUGGGAUUGAAGUGCACUUUUUUUUCUACUUUCCUUCAGAUUUCCUUCCUUGCAGUUAAAAAUCAGACCAUGGUUCCAGUACAUAUUGAAAGAGGUGGGAAACCGUAUUAUGUGGGAAUCGGAAUCCAAGAGUUUCUGAGUCAAUCUGACUGGAUGAAAAGAAAGAUCUUUUUCUUCUGUGUGACUUCAUGUUUACAGCAUCACCAGGAAUCACUGGACAACGGAAUCAUCUGGCAUAGAGAAAAGCAGCUGAAAAAUUGUUCCUUCAAAUGCCUUCAGUGCAUGCUUCAUCCCAUUUGCUCUGCUGAUACCACUGUUAAAUGGAGAAUUUGGCCCAGGCUUCAUUCUGCAGGUGCAGAUGAAAGAGCAAGCAGAACUUCUACUGACCCACUGACUUGUCUAUACACAGUUGGUGCGUCAUUGUAUCUUAUACUGUCAAGGCACAAUGUGACAUUAUGGGAACAGUGCUCCCCACAGGUGCUGGCAGGCCGACCUCCUCCCCUCGGCUGCCUCUCCAACGAUCCCAACCGCCUGCAAACACCUUGGCGAGAUAACAGCAUGGUUCCACUAGAAAACCGUGAAAGCAAGAGGAAGUCUGCUGAACAAUGGCAAGGGUGUUUUACUUCCAGCCCCUGGGACAGCUCAGGAUUAAAUGGAUUUUCAUUGUUCUUUCCCUCCUGCAAUUUGGACACAACAUUGGUAAGAGAGCUCAGUAAAUAUGAAGACAUUGAUGAAGAUGAGCUCCUUGCUUCUCUCACUGAAGAGGAGCUGAAGGAGCUGGAGCGGGAGCUAGAGGACAUAGAGCCCGACCGUAACCUUCCAGUGGGGCAACGACAGAAAAGCCUGACGGAGAAAACACCGACAGGGACUUUCAGCAGGGAAGCACUGAUGGCCUAUUGGGAGAGGGAGACCAAGAAACUCUUAGAAAAAGAGAGGUUGGGUGCAUGCGACAAGGAUUCUGAGCAAGAAGAAGACAAUUCAGAAGAGCUGCAAGAAGAAUGUUUCACAGAAAGCAAUAGUGAAGUGUCUGAGGAAGCAUAUACUGAAGAGGAUGAUGAAGAAGAAGAUGAUGAGAAGGAAGAUGAAGAUGAGAGUGAUGAUGAGAAUGAGCAAGAGCAAAAUGCUGCAGGUGGUGAAAGACCUGAGAAUGGCAGGAGUUCUGACCACAUCAGGCGCAAAAAGUGUAAUGGCGCAAAAGACAAUGAAAACUUACUCAAUGGCCAUGAUGGAAAAGAUGAUAGUCAGAGCUUAAAAAGCAGUGCCAUUCACCCUUGUGGAAAUCCAACAGUUAUUGAGGAUGCUUUGGAAAAAGUUAGGAGCAAUGACCCUGACACCACAGAGGUCAAUCUGAACAACAUUGAAAACAUCACUUCACAGAUGCUUAUACAAUUUUCUCAAGCCCUGAGGGACAACACAGUGGUUAAGUCAUUCAGCUUGGCUAACACCCAUGCUGAUGACAACGUGGCAAUAGCUAUUGCUGGUAUGUUAAAGGUAAAUCAGCAUAUAACUAGUUUGAAUAUCGAGUCAAAUUUUAUCACAGGCAAAGGCGUGCUGGCCAUCAUGAGAGCUUUGCAGAGUAACAAAGUUCUAACAGAACUGCGGUUCCACAAUCAAAGGCACAUCAUGGGCAGCCAGGUGGAAAUGGACAUAGUUAAACUGUUGAAAGAGAACACCACUCUGGUCAAGCUGGGGUACCACUUUGACCUUGCUGGCCCAAGAAUGAGCAUGACAAGUAUCCUGACAAGAAAUAUGGAUAAACAAAGGCAAAAGCGUAUGCAGGAGCAGAGGCAACAAGAGUCAGGUUGUGAUGGAGCCAUCAAUCCAAAGACCAAAGUCUUGCAGAAGGGAACACCUCGAUCCUCACCUUAUGUGUCACCUAAGAGCUCACCAUGGUCUUCUCCAAAGCUCCCUAAGAAAGCACCUCCAGUGAAAAGUCAGCCUCCAGCUCCUGCACCUCCCCCUCCCCCACCCCCCCCACCCCCACCGCCUCCUCCCCCAGUUAUUCCAGAGAAGAAGGCACCAACCAGGAAUAUAGCUGAAGUCAUCAAACAGCAAGAAAGCGCAAAAAAAGACUUACAUAAUGGACAGAAAAAGAAAAAAGGCAAAAAAAGUAGAAAACAUGAGAACAACAUAUUGAAAGAAAUUAAAGAUUCUCUAAAAUCCAUCUCAGACAGAAAAUCAGAGGAAGGUUCACAACCCUCCACCCGUCCAUCCACCCCACAAAGGUCUCUCCAUGACAACCUUAUGGAAGCAAUUCGGGCAAGCAGCAUAAAGCAAUUAAGGAGGGUGGAGGUACCAGAAGCCCUUCGGUGAAAGACUGGAUGACAGAAGAAGUAGAACCCUACAGUGACUGAGGGGAGGCUUCUUGUCCUUUCAUUGGCGGUAACAUAGACUGUCUAGCAAGCUGCUUCCAAAGUGCACUCUUAGAUUCAAGCCAUUUCCCUUUUAUUUCAAAGAAAUAAAACCGCUAAAUACAAAAUAAUGCUUUAAGGAUCCAUUUACCUUGUAAUCUGUAAAUAUGGAAAUAAUUUUCUUUUUUAUUUAAUGAGAUUUCUACUGAGAAAUUGCUUCUUAUUUAGAUAUUCUUGUCAAUAUCUGAUUGCACAUCACUUGGCAAGUUCUUCACACUGAGAUGUAAUAGUUUAACAGCCUGUGGUUUCUUCUGGUUUUUCCAUGAAUUUACAAUAAAUGUGGUUUGAAGCUUUCAA